GAGUUGGUGAAAAGGCACUUUUAUAUCGACUAUUUAUAUGUAUGUACGCAUCUUAUAAAUAAAAAUAAUAAUAAAAUAAGCAAGUAACAGUAGACUAUCUCUAUCGGUCACGCACGAAACGACCCUCACCUAUCUAUCUGUCCAUCUAUCUAUCAACGAAACGAUGAUCUCUGUGAUUGACGCUCUUCAAACGGUUCUAAGUGCUUCAAAACGACUUCCUCCAGCGACUGUGCCUCUUCACGAUGCACUUGGCAAGGUUUUGGCAGAAGAGGUUCGCGCCAUUGAUCCUUUGCCUCCUUAUCCGGCCUCUGUUAAGGAUGGUUAUGCGGUGAUUGCUGGAGAUGGCCCUGGCGAAUAUCCUGUAGUUGCUGAAUCCAGAGCUGGAGAUGAUGCUCUUGGUGUUACUCUCACUUCUGGAACUGUCGCUUAUGUCACUACCGGAGGGCCUAUACCUGAUGGUGCUGAUGCGGUUGUUCAGGUUGAGAACACUGAAAUUGUGACCAGUGACUCGGAUGGAACUCAGCGGGUGAGAAUAUUGGUGCAAACCGCCAAAGGCAAUGAUAUACGCCCUGUGGGAUUUGAUAUUGAGAAAGAUGCAAUAGUCUUGACACCUGGAGAAAGAUUAGGCGCUUCAGAGAUUGGCUUGCUUGCUACAGUUGGUGUAACAACGGUGAAGGUUUAUCCUACUCCAACAGUUGCUGUUCUUUCUACUGGAGACGAGCUUGUAGAGCCAACUACUGGGCAUCUGAGUCGUGGUCAGAUUAGGGACUCUAAUCGAGCCAUGCUACUGGCAGCUGCAGUACAGCAUCAGUGCAAAGUUCUGGACUUCGGUAUUGCUAAGGAUGACAAAGAAUGUCAAGGAAGGGUCUUGGAUGAAGCUUUUGCUUCAGGAAUUAAUAUUCUUCUAACUUCAGGAGGUGUAUCAAUGGGAGACAAAGAUUUUAUCAAGCCUUUGCUUGAAAAGCGAGGCAAAGUACAUUUCAAUAAGGUGUGUAUUAAACCAGGCAAGCCAUUUACAUUUGCAGAGAUUGACUUUCAACCAACAGAAAGUAAAAUUCUAGCUUUUGGGCUACCUGGAAAUCCUGUCAGUUCUUUAGUUUGUUUCCAUCUCUUUGUGGUCCCUGCCAUACGCCAACUUGCAGGGUGGACAAAUCCUCAUCAUCUUAGGGUACAAGCUCGACUUUGUCAGCCCAUAAAGACAGAUCCACUUAGACCAGAAUACCAUCGUGCUUCUAUUAUCUGGACUGACAAUGAUGGAACAGGCAAUCCAGGUUUUGUUGCUGUGAGUACUGGUCAUCAGAUUAGCAGUCGACUACUUAGUAUGAAGUCAGCUAAUGCCUUGUUGGAGUUUCCAGCAACAGGCAGUGUACUCUCUGCUGGGACCACUGUGUCAGCUAUCAUAAUUUCUGACCUAAGACCCAUGGGUUGUGAUGAGAAUCAUGUGUCAUCAAACUCAGCCUUAGCUUUGCCAGGAAUUAAAUCGCCUAAAAUAAGUACUGAUUCUUCAGAGGAGGCUGAAUUCAGAGUGGCUAUUCUUACAGUAAGUGAUACAGUUGCCACAGGAGCUGGCCCCGAUCGAAGUGGUCCCAGGGCAGUUUCUGUUAUUAAUUCUUCUUCAGAAAGACUAGGAGGAGCAAGAGUUGUAGCAACAGCUGCGGCACCAGAUAAUGUGGCAAAAAUUCAGAACAUUCUAAAAAGAUGGAGUGAUGAUGAAGAAAUGGAUCUUAUUAUUACUCUUGGGGGGACUGGAUUUACCUCACGGGAUUUAACACCUGAAGCUACAAAACCGUUGAUUGAGAAAGAAACACCUGGUCUUCUGCAUGUAAUGAUGCAAGAGAGUUUAAAGGUGACUCCAUUUGCAAUGCUUUCACGCUCGGCAGCUGGAAUCAGAGGAUCAACCUUGAUCAUUAACAUGCCUGGAAACCCAAAUGCUGUUGGUGAGUGUAUGGAAUCUUUAUUGCCAUCACUUAAGCAUGGUCUGAAGCAGCUCAGGGGAGACAAGAGAGAAAAACAUCCUCGUCACGUUCCUCAUGCUGAAGCAGCCCCUGCCGAUGUGUGGGAACAGAGUUAUAAGUUAGCCGCUGGUGCUGGCUCUGACGUCUCUUGUUCUUGUUGCAAGUAAAGCUAAUUAUAUUUUCUCAUUUGCUUCAACCUUGUGCCCCCAUGCAUCUCAAGGGGAGGGAAACAGAUCAGGUGCAGUUAUCAUCCAAUGCUGAGAAAAUUCUAUAGAACGUUGAUCUUUAUAUUUUAUUAUAAAAGUAAAAUUUUGAAGGGUGAGGAUCCUAGUCAAGUAGCAGGAGAGAGGGGGAGAGAGAGAGAGAGAGAGAGAGAGACAGCGAUGAGAAUCGAUGCAUGCUUUCUUAUUUGCAAAUAAGAAUCAGGGCAUUGGUUAAGCAAUUAAUAUUGAUUCUUUUUUCAAAAAUUCAAAAUCACUCUAAAAGUGCAUUAAAAAUUAUGAGAGUACAUUAGUAACAUUUUUUUAAUAAGAAUGUUUAUUUUUUAUUCUCAAUGUCCUUAAGAUACCAAUUAACAUCUGUCAAAUGUUAAUUAUAUUUCUAAAUCUAAUUUGAUGCACUGAUAGCGUUAAAAGUUAUAUCUGAUAACCAAACGAUGUGUGACCUAAUAAGAAGUCUAAUAGUUGAUGUUAAAUUCAUUGAAUGAUUUGGUAACAUAUUA